AUGGUGGAGCAUGGUUGCUCCGGGACAGAUGUACUACUGAUUCAGCACCACCACUGUCCGGAGUGUCCGACCAUGAGGAUCCAGCCGGCGAUAUCAUGCAAUGGAUCAUCGGACCAGCGUGGCUGCAAAGUGCGCGACCCGCAGGACUCGGCCGCGGAUACGGACGAGAAUGUUUCCAUACACGAUGAGUCGACUCGGGUGUGCCCCGAAACCCCCAGGCACCGCACGCGGCUAUCCUCCGGUUCAACUCAAGAUCGUGAGCCAAGCUGUGGCAGCCAUAAUGUUUCCACAGGAACGAGCUACUACAGCUGUGUCAGUCAGAUCACCAUUGGCUUUGACCCGGAGGGCCAGGUGGCCAUCGGGAUCUCCCACUGGAAGCGUCCGUACCCGCCCAUGUGCCCGGUGCCGGCGCUGCCCAGCCCGGACGGGGUGCAGUCGGAGGCAGCGGCGGGAGGCUUUCCCUGCCUGGUGGAGCACCCGGAGCCCGUGUCCUGCCCCGCCUCCCUCUCCAUCACCCCCCUGCCAUCCCACUGCAGCAGCCAGGACACCAUCAGUGAGAACAGCUCCAGUGUGAGCUCGUCUCUACAUGGAGCAGAGUCCCACUGGCGUAACCUCCGCAGCCGAAGCGUGUUGCAGCCCGUGGCCCGGCCCAAGCCCCGUCCACCGCCCGUCUCCGGGACCGCCGUAACCAUGGAGCAGUCCUCGUCCGGCCCGCCGGACUCCAGCAGCACCCUGGACGUGGCGCCCCCUCUAGUGGCGGUGAAGGAUGCAAAGGAGCUCCUGGAGGAGAGUGAGGAGGGCUCCGGUGCCCCUGGCGAGAAGGACAACGACUCCUCCUCAAUGCUCCACCCCCCCACCUCCCACUGCAGCAUCCUGGACGAACCCAGUUCCCUGGACCUGGCAUCCGAGGCCGGGAGGAGUAAGUCCAGUGGGCUGUGCUUCAGCGACGGCAGGUGCCGGAUCGAUUACGUGCUGGUCUACAAAAAGUCCAGCCAGCAGUCGGAGAAGCGCGAUGUGUUCGAGAGGAACAUCCGCGCCGAGGGCCUGCACAUGGAAAAGGAGUCCUCCAUUACCAACAGCGAUGUGAUCUUUGUGAAGCUCCACGCGCCAUGGGAGGUCCUGUGCCGCUACGCCGAGAUCAUGAACAUCCGAAUGCCCUUCAGGAGGAAAUUCUAUUACUUGCACCGGCGCUACAGGUUCAUGACAAGGCUGGAGAAGAAAAUGAGUAAGUUCCGUGGCUGGCUACCUCGCAAGCCCAUGAAGUUCGAUGACACGCUUCCGGACCUGGAGGAAAACGAGAGCUUCACUGCCCCCUUCAGCCGACAGAGGAUACACCAUUUCGUCAUCCACAACAAAGACACGUUUUUCAACAAUGCCACAAGGACGCGGAUAGUCCACCACAUCCUCCAAAGAGUCAAAUACGAAGAGGGCAAAAAUAAAAUAGGUCUCAAUCGCCUCCUAAGCAAUAACUCUUACGAGGCUGCUUUUCCCCUACAUGAGGGGAACUACCAGAGCAAGAACUCCAUCCGCACCCACGGAGCGGACAACCAGCGCCACCUGCUGUACGCCUGCUGGGCCUGGUGGGGCGUCUGGUACAAGUACCAACCUCUAGACCUCAUCAGGCGCUACUUCGGGGAGAAGAUUGGGCUGUACUUCGCCUGGCUGGGCUGGUACACGGGGAUGCUGUUCCCGGCUGCCAUCGUGGGACUGAUGGUCUUCCUGUACGGGGUGUUUACCUUGGAGCACUGCCAGGUUAGUAAAGAGGUGUGCCAGGCCGAUGACAUCGUCAUGUGCCCGCUCUGUGACAAAUACUGCCCUUACAUGAAGCUCUCCGACAGCUGUAUAUAUGCCAAGGUCACCCAUCUUUUCGACAACGGAGCGACUGUUUUCUUUGCGGUAUUCAUGGCUGUUUGGGCUACGGUGUUCCUGGAGUUCUGGAAGAGAAGGCGUGCAGUGCUGGCCUAUGACUGGGACCUCGUAGACUGGGAGGAGGAAGAGGAAGACAUCCGGCCCCAGUUUGAGGCCAAGUACUCCAAGAAGGAGCGGAUGAACCCCAUAUCUGGGAAGCCAGAGCCAUAUCAGGCCUUCACCGACAAAUACAGCAGGCUCAUUGUCUCAGCAUCAGGCAUAUUUUUCAUGAUCCUGGUGGUGAUCGCGGCGGUGUUUGGCAUCGUGAUGUACCGCGUGGUGACGGUGAGCACGUUUGCAGCAUUCGACUGGGCCCUCAUCAGGAACAACUCUCAGGUGGCCACCACAGGCACCGCAGUCUUCAUCAACUUCUGCAUGAUCAUGCUGCUCAACGUGCUGUAUGAAAAAGUUGCCCUCACGCUCACCAACUUAGAGCAGCCAAGGACAGAAUCGGAGUGGGAGAAUAGCUUCACCUUGAAGAUGUUCCUCUUCCAGUUUGUCAAUCUCAACAGCUCUACCUUCUACAUCGCAUUCUUCCUCGGGAGGUUCACUGGCCGUCCGGGAGCCUACAUCCGCCUCAUCAACCGCUGGAAACUAGAGGAGUGCCAUCCCAGUGGCUGCCUUAUAGACCUCUUCAUGCAGAUGGGGAUCAUUAUGGUGCUCAAGCAAACUUGGAACAACUUCAUGGAGCUGGGAUAUCCGCUGAUACAGAACUGGUGGACCCAGCGUCGUCUCAGGAGGGAGUUUGGCCAGAGGACCAUGGACGCCUUCCCCCAGUGGGAGAAGGACCUCAACCUCCAGCCCAUGAACACCUACGGCCUGUUCGACGAGUAUUUGGAGAUGAUUUUGCAGUUUGGCUUCACCACCAUUUUUGUGGCCGCUUUCCCUCUGGCCCCUCUCCUGGCCCUCCUGAACAAUAUCAUCGAAAUCCGCCUGGAUGCCUUCAAGUUUGUCACACAGUGGCGGAGACCUUUGCCAUCUCAAGCCAAAGACAUUGGAAUCUGGUAUGGGAUUUUGGAGGGUAUUGGCAUCUUGUCAGUCAUCAGCAAUGCCUUUGUCAUUGCCAUCACCUCCGAUUUCAUCCCCAGACUGGUCUACGCCUACAAAUACGGACCCUGUGCUGGCCAGGGCCGUGCUGGGGAGAGGUGUAUGAUGGGCUAUGUAAACGCCAGCCUCUCAGUGUUUCGCGUGGCCGACUUUGAGAGCAAGUCCCAGCCGAGAACCAAUGGGUCAGAGCUGUUCGGGGAACCUGUGCGGUAUUGCAGAUACCGUGACUACAGGGAGGAUCCCAACUCUGAAGAGCCAUAUUCCUACACACUACAGUUCUGGCACGUCUUGGCUGCCCGUCUGGCCUUCAUCAUCGUAUUUGAACACAUGGUCUUCACCAUCAAGAACCUCAUCGCUUACCUGAUCCCAGACCUUCCGAAGGACCUGCGGGACCGUAUGCGCAGGGAGAAGUACCUGAUCCAGGAGAUCAUGUACGAGGCCGAGCUGGAGAGGCUGCAGAAGGAGAAGAACGAGAAGAAGAAGAACCACAAAGUUCACCACAACGAAUGGCCAUAACAGAGAAAACACACACAAGACUGAAAAGUGAAGCUGUGAUGAGGCCUAGAAGAACGAGAAGAAGAACCACAAAGUUCACCACAACAAAUGGCCAUAACAGAGUAACACACAAGACUGAAAACUGAAGCUGUGAUGAGACCUAUUCAGCAAUGACUGAUAAGAACAAGAAGAACCACAUAAUUCACCACAACGAAUGGCCAUAAAACAGAAAACAGAAAACACAAGAAAAACUGCAGAAGAAGAAAAAGAACCUCAAAGUUCAUCCCAACAAAUGGCCAUAAAAAUAACAGAACACAAGACUGAAAACUGUAGAUGUGAUAGACAUAUUCAGUAAUGACUGACAGGUAUGUUUGCAUCAGGGACCUUUAUAUGAUAAAUGAAUAAAUAAAUAAAAAAGGACCACAGUAUUGGCACAAGGGCAGAGCUCACUAUCCCCUAUGUACACU